AUGCAGAACGCGGGUGUUAGAAGUGGCCAGAUUCGUCAGGGGCAAAAAGACAUUUUGUUAGAAUUUAUUAAAAAUCAACCAAACCUACAAUCUGGAAAAUUUACUUCAACAUUUACAAAAAAAUGCGGACAAAACCUUUGGGAAAAAGUGAUCUUAACACUUAACAUACCAGACGGUCCCAAAAAAAACUGGAUCCAAUGGCAUAUGGCAGGAACUAAAAAAAAUGCAAAGGCUAAAAAUAGCAAUAUAAGGAGACACGCUGGAGCCACCGGUGGGGGCCCAGCUAUAAACAGUAAAUUAACGGAUACUGAGUAUGAAAUUGUAAAUACAAUGAUUGUUCCUACUGUUAUUGAAGGGAAUAAUAAUAUCUUUGAAUCCAGCAUUGUGUUUGGCUUUGAUGAGCUGCCCUUAACACAGGAUCAGCCUUUACUCGAAGAGCAGCCCGUAACAAAGGAGCAGCCAUUAACAGAAAAGCAAGAUAACAUUUUAAAUGAAGAAAUAGAUGAAGUUGAGAUGGAGUUUGAGGUGCCCCGGGAAGAACUAAAAUCAGCAAAUAUCUCGAAGCAUGGUCUUAAACGACCUCUAAAACCUACUGCAGCAACUCAAAGUACGAGUUGUAGAAUGACCAAGUCCAGACGCUUAGAAAACUCACUUACUCUUACCAAGAAAUUUAUUGGAAUUUCAAAAGAAAAAAAGGAAAAUGUUGAGAACUAUUAUGACCAAAAACUAAAACUAAUGAAGAUGAAACUAGAAUUACAACAGAAAUAUCAAGAAAAUAAGCUUGCUGUAUUAAGGGAGAGGAAUGAAAUAGAAAGAGAAAUAUUUGUUACCUUAAAACAGAUCCAAGACCAACUUCCAUCACGCUGUUAA